GUGAUCAUCAAACUACCAACACAACCUCUUUUUUGAAAACUUGUUUCAAUGGACUUAAUGCCCUGUCAGGCUUGUUAAUUCAAAGAUGCAUGGAUGAGGAUUCUACUAUAAGAACUUAUCCUGACAUUGGUGAACAUGCAUUUGGGAAGAAGGGAAGAAUAGUUUUGUCAAUUUUCAUGAACACAGAACUCUACUUAGUUUCAACAGCUUUCCUAAUUCUAGAAGGGGAUAACCUACACAACUUAUUUCCAAACAUUGAACUGCAAGUGUCUGGUUUCAUAAUUGGAGGAAAAGAAUGUUUUAUAGUAAUUGCUGCAGUUAUUGUGCUGCCAACUGUGUGGUUAGAUAACUUGAGCCUUCUUUCUUAUGUCUCUGCAAGUGGGGUUUUUGCCUCUGCUGUCAUCCUUGGGUCAAUUUUGUGGACUGGUGCUUUUGAUGGAAUUGGAUUUCACCAAGAGGGAUCAGUUCCACUUAAUUGGAAUGGAAUCCCUACUUCUGUUAGCUUGUACGCCUUCUGCUAUUGUGCGCAUCCGGUGUUCCCUACACUCUACACAUCAAUGAAAAACAAACGCCAGUUCUCGAAUGUCCUCCUCCUGUGCUUUAUCUUAUGCACCAUUGGAUAUGCAUCAAUGGCAGUUUUAGGGUACUUAAUGUUUGGGUCAACAGUUCAAUCACAAAUAACUUUAAACCUCCCAACCGAAAAACUUAGCUCAAAAAUCGCAAUAUGGACCACCCUUAUCAAUCCACUAUCCAAAUAUGCUUUAAUGGUUACACCAAUAAUAAAUUCAGCCAAAACUUGGUUUCCAAAUCACUGCAAUAAAAGACCCUUCGACCUUCUCCUCAGUACUAGCUUGGUAAUCAGCAGUGUUGUAGUAGCUUUGGUGGUUCCCUUUUUCGCAUAUCUCGUGUCACUGGUUGGAGCAUUUUUGAGUGUAUCAGCUUCACUUCUAUUUCCAUGCUUUUGCUACCUUAAAAUUUCAGCUACGUACCGAAAUCUCGGAUGUGAGAUGUUGAUUAUAGGGUUCAUAAUUUUAAUGGGAGCUGCAGUUAUGAUUCUUGGUACUUACACAGCUGUAUCAGAAAUAAUAGAGCAUUUGUAAAUUG